GGUAUUUCCCGUUGAAAACCAACCCCCACACACUCUCGCCAUUCCACUCCAUCUCCUCCUGGGCCAAGCCAGGCCAUCCAGCAUUGCGUCUCCCGGUUACCACACCCGAGUUUCCUUUGAGCUUUCCUGCCGCUCGUCCGUGAUUUGUUCACGGUCUGCGGUUAGCUUGACAAUCUUACGGUAGAAUUUUCCUCCGUGUUGGUGGUUGUCACUAGGGAGACCGCUAUCGGUUUCGCUCGGGCGGAUAAUCAAGCCACUGCGCGCGCGUCGCCAUCAUGACCACAGUUGACGCGGAACUCUUCCAAAAGAACGACAAGAACCCGCUCGUGCUACUAGGGGCGUUCACGACGGCGGCGGUGCUGGUGGCGGGGCUGGCGUCAUUCAAGCAGGGCAACGACCGGCGCAGCCAGAUGCUCAUGCGCGCGCGCGUGGUGGCGCAGGGAGGCACCGUGGCGCUCAUGCUGGGAACCAUCGGGCUGGAGGGCUUCCAAGAGCGCAUGCACAACAUCUCGCAACGAUUCUUACCCUCUGCUACCGUGGAGAAGCCCACUUCACAACCCUAGGGCCUCGCUCGCACCGUCUCCGAUCGGAUGCUUGAUGCAGAAGAGGCUUCUCCUGGCCUCCCCCCACUUCCAUCGACUCCCUUUCAUCUUCGUUUAGUGGCGAUUUGCCAUGUAGCGGCAAGGCAAGAUACAGGCUGGUGAUAUGCCCACGAUCUUCGGAGUUAGACCACAAUAUACUGGUGAAGGAGGAGGAGCUGUUGUACUUGGGUUGCGUUGUGUGCAAACUUGUUCAUAAAGCCAUGUUGUAUUUGUGUGCUUUCACUUCGCUUUGCACCAU